CCUGCCUCGAAUGUGGGAGUGGAGGUCAUGCCGAUGACAUCACCCAGGAGAGAGCCUUCAUCAUCAACGCUCUCAUUACCAAAACUAAGGUAAACUGGGCUGCACACUUUUUCAAUUCCAUCUCAAAGCAUCUGGGAAAGCCCAACCAGAAAUAUCUUUGUCAAGGACUAUACCUUGGACAUAUCUUGGAGUCUAUGGGUAUUGCUUCUAAAGGAAAGAAGUAUGGAGAAAGAUACUGGCUAUACUACUUAUCCUCCAAAGGAGAAAACAGAGCCAGUGCCAGUACCACUGCAGAAGAUAGCUCAUCAGAUAAUGUCCUACUCAUCCAUAUGGCAAAGACUACCAAAAGAAAGCAAGUGGUGUCCCCCUCUCCCUCCAUUGAAGCACCACAGAAUCUUGCCUUGGUAUGUUUGGAAGAAGAAGAAGUCUCUGACCAUGGAGAACUUCAAAGGAAGAAGAAGAGAAAGAUCAACUCUUCAUCAACAUCCAAAGAUGUCGAUUCGGAUGAGUUGAAGGAGAGGGAAACUGCUGAGGAAACCUCUAUUCAAAACCAGAGCCCUCAACAAUUUGAACAAGAAAUCCCUCCAGUCCAAAGCCUUCCAACCUCAUCUCAGCCUCAUACAGAUGACGCUAACAACAAAUUCUGGCAGCUCUACUAUAAUUGGAGAGCUUGGAAAGUUGGAAAUUCAGAAGAGCAACUGUUGGAUUGGGACCAACAGCUGAAGAAUGAAAAGAUUAUCAAGAAAUGCCUAGGAUUACCAGUCAACCACUGCUGUGAAGACAUCUUGGAUGACUACUGGGUAUGGCAAAGGAACAAUGAGGAUCUGCAUCUGGAACACUUGGCCACUACACCAAUUUCAGACUUUGAAGCAGAUGAUGAAGAUACUGCAGUCUACAAGCCAGUCUUCUCAAAAGCCACAGAAGAUCAAAUGGCUCCCACUUCUGAAGAAAUAGCUGUUUUGGAAACAACUGCUGAGGAUUUCCCUAUCUUUACGGAAACCUCACCUGCGUUCGAAAUGGUUCUGACUGAAACUGUUCAAGAGAAGGCAGCCUCUCCCCCACAAGAGCAGAACCAGGAAGCAACUGAAGAAGAAGAAUUUCAGCGACUGAUCCAAUCUCAAGUGCUUGAGAUCCUCACAACUCCUUGUGAGAACUUCAAUCAGACACAACUUGAGAUUCUGGAAAAGUCAGCAGAAAUUCCGGAACAGUUAGCUAUUCCAGAAAUUAUGGAGAAAGAAGUAGAAGUCCAAAGGCACUCUGGAAAAGCUGAGAGGGAAUCUCAGAUGGCAGAAGAGGAGGAAGCAUACAAGCUGUUCAGACUUAUUGGCGCAAAUUCUGGGAACCGCAAGAUGGAAGUAAUUCUCCAACAACACAGCCCAUCUCCAAUACCACAGCUCCCUAUUGCAGUCAAAGAAGGAGAAGUAUCUUAUAUUCCUUCUCAUCUGAACAUGACAAAUCUAAUCCUUGAAGCACAGCAAAGAAAUCCAGAAAACUCAGCACAGCAUCUAUCCAGCUCAAGACUGGAUGGAACAGAAUUUAUAGGUACAGUUGUUGACCACUUCUCAAAUGAUGCUCAAUCAGAAGAGAGACGUGAAAAUUUAAGGCGCAUCAAAGAACUGUGUGGGAACAUGAAGGGCAUCAGUGAGGUUGCCAGAUCUUCAAAGCGCAAGAGAAACUGAAGGUUCUUUUCAUCAAACCAAGGGGAAACAAUAGUCGAUUAUCACAUUUCCAAUAAUCGAUUAUCAGUCUGUGCAGCCAAAACCCAGAAUCUUCUGACAGGACCAAAAGUCGAUUAUCACUUGUUGACAAUCGAUUAUCUGGGUUACCGUUGUCCUCCAACGGAUAGAAUUUUAAAUUUUUGGACAGGGAAUCUUUGGAUAAUCGAUUAUCAAGCUUUGACAAUCGACUAUCACCCUGUGUCUCUGAAAAAUUUGUCUUCAUCCUGUUGGAAACUCUAGCAACGGGUUUAUCCCAUUU